GUUUUUGCCGUGAAAAUAUUCAGAAAAAAAUUCAAUUUUAAUUAAUUUGAGGCUGAAAUGGGCCUUCUAUCGGAUCCAUCGCUAAGUGCUAGCGAUAAAAAGCUAAAGUACAUCAAUUUAAUUAGUAAAUAUGCAAAUGGGUUCUGUUUCUUGCUUUAUUUGGUGGGAUUUUUAUGGUUUUGUGCAUUAAGUUUUCCACAAUUGCAAUCAAACACUUAUUUCUCCGAGAAUGCUCUCCUUCCCGGACUUGUACUUUCGGAGAUUAAAAUGGAUACAGUAAAUAUGGCAAGAACUUUGUUGACAGAACUGGAACAUGAGAGAGAAACACACAAAUCAGCUAUUCCAUAUCCAUGGAUGCAAGCAAAAAUGAAGCAAAUAGGAUUGGAAACGUAUGUCCAUAAUUUUACAUUAAAUUAUCCAUUUGGAGGUGGCAAGACAUUUCAAGGCAAAAACAUUUACGGGAUAUUGAGAGCACCAAGAAUUGGAUCAACAGAAUCGAUCGUUUUAAGUGUACCAUAUAGGCCUCCAAAUACAGCACAUACAUCAAUCACUUCUGGAGUUCCAUUGUUACUCGCAUUUGCUGAUUUUGCUAGAAGACAAAAGUAUUGGUCCAAAGACAUUAUAUUUCUGGUCACAGAUCAGGAACAGCUUGGAAUGCAAGCAUUUCUAGAAGCUUAUCAUGGUGACGAUGAGAAUAAUAUAUUAGAUUCAGGAACUCUAUAUGGAAAGGCUGGAAAUAUCAUAGCAGCAAUAAAUUUUGAGAUCCAGGACUUUGAUGUUGAAUUUAAUAAUUUAAAGAUUGAAGGACUUAAUGGUCAACUCCCUAAUCUUGAUCUUCACAAUUUAGUGGUUAAAUUGUCACACAAAUUCGUCCUUCCAAUUGGAUAUAAAAUGAAAAUGGGCAGUCAUCAUCGUGAAGAUGCUGUUGAAAACUUCUUUAACUUACUGUCAAUGAUGUGGACACAAAGUAGUGGAAUUCCGAAUGGUAAUCAUGGAUUAUUUCAUAAAUAUGGAAUUGAAGCAUUAACAAUUGAAAGUGUUAAGAGAGAAUCGAGUGGAAGAAACCAAAACAUUCAUCAAAAGAUUAUGGCACUGCUGAAAAUCAUUGAAGGCAUUAGUCGCAGUUUAAAUAACUUAUUGGAAAGAUUUCAUCAAAGUUUCUUCUUUUACGUAAUUGUUUCAUCUGAUCGUUUCAUAUCAAUUGGCGAUUAUAUGCCUAGUUGUGGAUUAAUGGCAGCUAGUUUAUUCGUGAAAUCACUUUUGAUAUGGUUAAUGGCUAAUAACAAGCCUGACGAGGAAGAAGCGAAUGAAAAAAAGAGUGAUGAUGAUAAAAUUGUGAUAAUUAGGAAGUCGAGCAUGAGAAUUGAGGUAUUAAGGAUUGGUACAGUCAUAUUAUGCUCACAUCUGGUCGGUGUUGCUGCACUUGUUAUUACAACGAACAAAAUAAUUCAUGACUACUUAUUUUCAAUGAACAUUCCAACACAGACUGGCAUUUUUUAUCUAGUCUCAAUAAUAUUAGCAUUUAGCAUAUUGCUUCCUAAAUUCCUUAAACUUAAUGCAUUUGAUGCUCAAUUCUUAAACAUUGCCGUACUAAUUGAAUUAGGAACUGCGUUUUUGUCUGUCAGCAUGCUGAAUUUCUCACUUGGCUUCUUCUUAUGCGUUCUCAUAACACCUUUUGCCAUAUUUAUCAACAUUCAAGAAGGCACAAAGAGAAAUCUGUUUAAAUUUCUCAUUAGAAGCUUACUACACUUACUUAUUCAUCCAAUUACUGUAAUUUAUGGAGUCAUUUGCAUGUUAAGCUACAUCGCAUUUUCUGAGAUGAACUUUAAUUAUAUUAUGGAUAAAUCGAUCUCAGCUACAGUUGAUGGAAUCACUUAUGCUGUUGUGGACUCGCUGAUUUACGGCAAUUGGUUGUUUGAUCUCACAUGCUUAAUCCUAUUGCCUUGUUGGAUAAUAUUCUGGAUAAUGAAUUUUUCUAAACCCGUCGAGAAGAUAAGCAAACAAAAGGCUGAAUAAAGUGACGACAAUUGUUGAUGUACGAUAAGAUAAGAACGAGCUGCGUAAUAUAAAUGAGCCAAAGUUUGUUAAUAAAAUAACAUUCAUUCGUAAUUUUAAAGCUUGAUUAUUGUCUAAUGACUCAUAAUGUUAAUUUAUUGAAUCCAAUGGAUUUAGUCACAUGUUCAACGGAAAUUCUCAAUAAAAUUCAAAAA